AUGUUCGUUCCCUCUCCUGCUGCCCCGCUAUUGCCAUCCUCCUCCCAAUCGUCGCCACGCGCGCCCCUCCUUACCCCUUCUACCUCCGUCAAUACCAUCCAUACUUCUCGUGAUCCUCCCUCCGAACCCCCCUCUUACUUGUCAUCUGCUGUCCGCGCCAUUAAACAAGGCACCUUUGGACUGACCCCUCCUAGCAACGCGCGCACACGGGCCCCAUUUAAACCACGGUCAGCGGCCAAGGGCACGAGCAGUUACCAACUGAGACAAUUUGCAGAGGCCACACUUGGAAGUGGAAGUCUAAGGAAGGCUGUCAUCCUUCCAGAGGGCGAGGAUCUUAACGAAUGGCUCGCGGUCAAUGUGGUCGACUUCUACAAUCAAAUCAACCUCCUAUACGGGUCAAUUACAGAGUUCUGCUCACCCCAGACAUGUCCAGAGAUGAAAGCGACUGAUGAGUUCGAAUAUCUCUGGCAGGAUUCGGAAAAUUUCAAGCGACCCACGAAGAUGUCCGCUCCGGAGUACAUCGAGCACCUGAUGAGCUGGAUUCAGAGUAAUAUCGAUAACGAGCAAAUGUUCCCCAGCAGGCUGGGUGUCCCAUUUCCAAAGGCCUUCACUAGUCUAGUGCGACAGAUUUUCAAGCGGCUAUAUCGAGUGUAUGCGCACGUUUACUGCCACCACUACCCAGUUGUUGUGCAUCUGGGGUUGGAACCACAUCUCAAUACUAGUUUCAAGCACUACGUAUUAUUCAUCGACGAGCAUCGGCUGGCGAGUGGGAAGGAUUUCUGGGGUCCAUUGGGGGAUUUGGUGGAGAGCAUGUUGCGGAGUGAUUAA